CCCUCGUAUCCCGGGUCUGGCCCUCAUGGCCCGCCCGCGUCUGGCUCUCCAGAGCCAUCCACAAUUUCCACUUUAUUUGUGGCUUCGCCUGAAACUCGGGUCCGAAGCUCUUGUGUGCUUCCCGCAGGGCUCCCUGAGGGUGUAGGGGUGGCCCUGAACUCAUCCAGCAAAUGGAUUGCCUGGAUAGAAAUGUAACUCCAGCCUCUCAAGUUAUGUGCCUUAAAGCACAAAUAUUACUUUGCACUAUGUUAAAUAUUUGCUACGUUUUUAAAUGGCAUUGUAUUAAAACAUUUUUCUAAUGUUAACGCGUCUGCUUAACAGAAGUUCUGUUUUACCGUGUAGUAAUCAACAAAUGAAUGAGAUCUUUUUCAGGGACUAAAAGGAAGAGGAUGUUUAUGUACUUAUUUAUUUGUCUUUAAUUUUUAUGGGAAACACUUGUUUUUAAAGCAGCGAUUUUCUUUAUUACGUUGUUAACAGGGCAGCUGAAUGAAACUAAUUUAACUGUUGUUUAGUGCAUGCUGAAAGAAAAGAGAAAAUGGUAAAAACAGCACAGCUAAUGAAAGUUAGGCUUACGUAAUGUUUAUGAUUUUUAAGUAGGUGUCUUUUAUCCCAAAGAUAGGCAACAUUAUUUGUCUUUGUCUUUUAAGUUACGGUACAAAUCCUGCAUUGAUUGUUGCUUCUCAUUUUCCCUCUUUCAAACAGUGGCUACCGUAAGUAUGGCCAAUAGAAUAAAAAUCUGUCUCUUCCCACAGAAUUUACAGUCUAAUUGGAGAAAAAAGUGCUGCGAAUAAGUACUGUGAGCAAAUGGUGCAAUGUCUUACUAGGUUUGGUUAGUUCUGUUUUGCACCUUUCAUUUUAUUGUGCAUGUUACGGUCUGCUUUUGCCUUAGUAAGCUGCCAAGGGGUUAAUAAACACAUUUAAUGGGUGGGUAGUAGUUAUGUGAAAAUACUGAAGUGAGAGUGGGCAACCAGGUAGGCUGUUAAGUCUUUGAAUUGAAAAUCUGUGCAUAAAUCCACAAGGAAUAUAGACUCUGCAGAGCCAAAACAGUGUAAAAAAAGUGCCUGUCGUGGAAACAAAAAAUGAACUUCAUCUCAGGAAGAAGAUGAAAGAUAGUGUCGCUGAAGAACAUUUAUAUUUGGCUUUUUCUCAUCAGUGCAGAGAUAGUAUCUUUCCUCUUCAUACAUCUAUCUCACUGUUUUUGCUAUCCUACUGUGACUGCAAAUUAUUUAAAGUUUUUUUAGUGCCGACUGGCGAAGAUGUGGGUGAUCAGUGUGUGACAAAAAACCUCGCUGGCGAUCUCGAGGUCCAUUUAAUCUCCAGGUGUCAGCUUCCAGUGGUUGUGCAGAGCUGCAGUUUACCUGCUGUUGUCGCGAAAGAUGACAAAUUCUGCCGAGCUGGGCUUUCUGUGGUCUUAAGACAUAUAAUACAGAAAACAUUCGAGGCAGAUCCAUCUAAAAAGGAUCUUUUGGAACUCUUGGGCUUUAAGAAGACCUGCUUAAAAGCCUGUGCUGAAGUUAGCCAGUGGACCAGACUCUGUGAGAUCAGCAUACCUCUUGCUGUUGAAAGAUUUUUGACAGCCUCUCCUCAGCACUGCCAGGCAAUUCCUCCUGACAUUUUACUGUUAGAAAGGAAGCUUGGAGAACCUGUCCGAGUACAUAAUGAUGACAAAAUUCGAAGGCAAAAACUUCAGCAACAGAAGGGAGGUGCCAAGGCUGCAGUGCCUGUGCUUGGUAAAGAAGCAACAGAGGAAUCAAAACCAGGGGAAGUCCAUGAACAUCCACCCUCAAGUUUGGAACUGAGUGUAGCUUUCUCUAAACUACUUGCCCAGGAAGCACCAGAUGCAAUCAACAGGGAGGCCCCUCACAUCAGGAGAGCAAAAACCUCUGACCUUCCGCUCUUGGACCACGUUUUUGCAGAAGGGCUUUAUUUUACUGUGGCAGAUCUAGUGCUUUUGCCAUGCAUCCACCAGUUCUUGGUUUCCAGCAAGAGACAAGGCAAAAAUCUGGUAAACUUGCCACUGAUAUCCAGUUGGUACCGAAGAGUUCAGGAAGUACCUGGAGUAAAGAAAGCUGCUGGCAAAUGCAACAUGGAACUUCUCCAGCUUCCAGAGUUGAUGUCUGCUCCAGAGGAACAGCUACAGGACUCCUCUUCAGUUCCUGAUGAGUUAGAAGAGGAUAAUGAUGACAGUCAUUUUAUAGGUGGUCCAAGGCCAACCAUGACUAAGUUAAUGGAAAAGGGAAUUGAAGCAAAGUUUUCUCCUCAUCCAUGCCCCAGCUGGACCCUAGACUGGACCAGUCUACCAUCUGCAGUCAGUCCUGGGGAAGGAAAGAUGUCUAGAGACCGGGCUCUCAGGAAGCAGCAGCAACUGAAUAAUUUGGUAGCAGCAGUGACAAAGCUCGCAAAGCCUGGAGAUGUGAUUGUGGAUUUUUGCAGUGGAGGGGGCCAUGUUGGAAUUGUUCUUGCUUAUAUGAUGCCAUCCUGUCAGGUGGUGCUCAUAGAAAAUAAGGAGUUGUCUCUGAUCCGUGCUAAAGACAGAAGUGAUGAACUAGGUUUAAACAACAUUUGGUUCAUUCAAGCAAAUUUGGAUUAUUUUAAUGGGACUUUUAACAUUGGGGUGGCUCUGCACGCCUGUGGGGUGGCUACAGACAUGGUGAUCGAACACUGCCUCAGGGCACGGGCAGCCUUUGUCAUCUCCCCCUGCUGCUACGGCUUCAUUCAAAAUACAGUCAAGUUCAAAUAUCCACGAAGUCAUCAGUUUAAAGAAAUUUUGUCCUACAAGGAGCACAUGAUCCUUUGCAGAUUUGCAGAUCAGACAGCUGUUCAGCUUCCACCUGAACGCAGGCUAAUUGGAACUCUUUUCCUCUUCCAAAAUCAUCAAUAUGAGAGAGGAAGCAGUGUAUGGGACUUGUGGAUCUGGAUCGGGCAUGGGCUGCAGAAGAACAUAACUACUCUGUCCAAGUUAUAUCUAUGGAGCCAGAGAGUUGUUCUCCAAAGAACAAUAUGUUUGUGGGCAUCCCUACUUAGAGUGUGAAACUUGCAUUCAAUUUGAAGCUGAACAUAAAUCUUCAGUGCAUAAUGACAUCCAGCAGAUAGAGGCAGCGCUGGGAAGCAGACAUCCCGCAUCUGGAACACAUUGCCUUCGAAAAGGGAAGCAGCCCCCAAAGUCCUAAGAAGCAAACUGCAUGCAGAGCAUUCCAAAUCAACUUGUGUCAUUAAGCAACUUUUGGUUCUUGUACUGAGAACUUUCUGGAUCUUAUGACUGUGCAUGGAAUUAUAUCCAUCUGUGAAAGUUUAGAGAAAACUGGUUUUGUUGAAGGAAAGGUGAUUUCCUUUUCAGUGAAACUGUGUCUUGGCUGCUUGGAAGUUGUAUUUGUGGUCAAAACAGCAUUUGUGUUCAUAAGCAGAGCAGUUAUCAGCCAGCAGUGCUGAUUACCAGAAGAACAGAGAAGGUCAAAUUUAUUGUGUUACUGAAGAUGGCUGUGCAGCAGGUGGUGGCCUGACUUUGCUGAAGAAUUCCAUACUACUGUAGGAAGAUUAUUUUUAAUAAAAGUUCAUCAGAAUACUUUGGGCCUCAAUCUGCUUAUUAAAAGUGUAUUCUACCUUGCCAAUCAUUUUUUAAAAAGACUUCAAAAUUACUUUUAAAUAUUAUGCAAGGAUUCUGCAACCAGGUAUUUGACACUGGAUUUAGAGAAACCAAAUUCCUCCUUAUCCAUUGACCAGAAAGUGGGAGCUAGACAUGAUGUUAGUGAUUGGAUACUUCACUGUCAUGUGAAGUGUGUUGAUUCCCAUUUGUAAGAAACUUGCUGUCAGAAGAAAUAUUUAAGAACAAUUCAUGUGUCUACAUACAUCAUCUUCAUUGAUCUUGUAUUCAGUUUAAAAUUUGACCAAAGUUGGAACCGUUUGAAAAGGUCAUUUACAGUCAUGCUACUCUAAAAUGAAAAUAAAUGUUGUCCUGUGCUCAGUUUCCCCCCCUAAUUUUAAAUCACCUGUUGAUGUGAACACAAUGGAAGAUAGCUCCUAAUGCAAUUUUUACUGCAUGUUUAGAGGUUUUACAUGUCUGCGCAUUCUGCCAUGUUUUAAUUUAAAUAAUCUAAAGGUUGAAAACUCUCAACAUAGCUUCAGGACAUAGCAAACUGAAUUACAAAUAAUAUGUAUUGGAGCAAAAAAAGCAUCCAGAAAUAUUUUAUUCUUCAUGUAACUUAGAUAUCUAUAAGAUCUAAAUAUGCGGGGACAUCUUUUUAAUGUGAAAACAUGGAAUGCUACCUACUUACUUAAAAGCGCAAAAGUGAGCAAGUAGGAGUGAAUUCCUACCUUCAGCCUCAGUUCUUCAGUAGGUAAUGAUGGAAUACUUUUUCUGCAACUUUUUUGUAGUUACAGGAGUAACUGGAGUUUUGAAGAAUGUAUGGCAAACACAAAAUGCAUGGUGAUACCAGUUGUCUCCAGGGUUUUCUCCAAUACUUGCCCAAUGAGAAUGCAGUUCUAAGUUAGUGGUAUGUCGAUCUGAACAUUAUUCUUGUUAAAUUACUUUUCUGGAGUGAGCAAAUGUCUCUUUGUGACCUUUUUGUGCUGAAGGAAGAACUCAUCAAGGUGAGGCACCUGUUGGAAACUGUGAUGCUGUUUACAGUAAGGAUUUUCACACUGCUCUGCUUCAGGCAGUGGGUAGCAAUAUGAAUGUUUUAAUUAUGGUGAUGUUGAACAUUUGGCAUGGUCUGAUAGGAUGCAAUAAUAAAGAGCUUUCAGUAGGGCAAAAUUCUGUGCUCUUACAUGCUUCACAUUUUCUACAAUAUCUGUAAAUAUUCUGUAAUAGUUUUCAGAUCUACUUGAAAAGAAGGAAUAUAUUCAAGAUGUGCUACUGAAUAAAAGAUAAAAAUGUU